AUGGCCAAGUCUGGUGAAGCACAUUCGACCUACAAAGGCCUCAGGACGGAGCUCACUGGCUAUGCAACGGCGACAUCCGAAACUACGUGGCCGUAUUCCAAAAACCUCGAAGUCGACGCUCUAGUCAUUGGUGCAGGAUUUUCUGGCGUAUUCAUGCUCAAGACUCUGCGUGAUGCUGGUCUGAAAACCGUGAUAUUUGAGGCAGGCAACGACAUUGGCGGAACUUGGCGCUGGAACUGCUAUCCUGGUGCUGGUGUCGACUCUGAAGCACCCGUCUAUGAGUUCUCUUGGCCUGAGGUCUACAACAGCUGGAACUGGACCUCCAACUAUCCCGAAUAUCGUGAGCUUCGCCGCUACUUUGAUCAUGUUGAUGCGGUAGUAGGUAUCAAAAAGGACUGUUCUUUUAACACUGUGGUUGUUGGGGCUCAGUUCGACAUUGAGAAGGGCAAGUGGUCCAUUGAGACGGCUGAUGGCCGCACAACAAUUGCCAAGUACUUGGUGGUAGCUACGGGGUUUGCUGCCAAGCGAUAUGUUCCUGCUUGGCCCGGUAUUGAAAAGUUCAAGGGCGUCAUACACCACUCAUCCUUUUGGCCGGAGGAGGGGACGAUCGACGUUGACGGAAAACGCUGUGCAAUUGUUGGUACAGGAGCGUCUGGUGUACAAAUGACGCAAGAGUUGGGUCCCCGGGCUGGCAGCCUCAAAGUUUUCCAGCGCACGCCGAAUCUCUGUCUACCCAUGCGAAAGAGAGACAUUACGGCAGCGGAACAGGAGGGCAAGAAAUCUCAGUAUGAAGAACUAUUCAAAAAACGUGAGCAAACGUUUGGUGGCUUCUUCUACGGCUUUCGAGAUUGCAAUACCCUAGACGACACAGCAGAGGAGCGAGAGGCAUGGUACAGCAAGCUUUGGACAGAGGGUGGUUUCCGGUACUGGCUGGGCAAUUACAAGGACCUUUUCCUCGACGCGGAAGCCAACAAGGAGGCAUACAACUUUUGGGCAAAAAAGACUCGUGAGAGAAUUACCGAUCCAGCUACACGGGACCUCCUUGCACCACUGGACAUGCCUCACUACUUUGGCAUCAAACGUCCUUGCCUCGAGAACACUUACUACGAGCAGUUCAACCGCGACUCGGUUUCCGUGGUUGACGUCAACAAGAAUCCCAUUCGGGAAUUCACUGAAACAGGGAUUGCGCUUGAAGAUGGAACUCAUCACGAAUUCGACGUGAUUGCUCUUGCGACAGGUUUUGACAUUGUCACUGGCGCAAUGACACAGCUUGGUCUGAGAAACAUUGAUGGUGUCGAGUUAGAAAAGGAGUGGGCGCCUGGCGCGAGCACCUAUCUCGGCUUGACUGUGAGGGGGUAUCCAAACAUGUUUUACUUGUAUGGCGCGCAAGCCCCAACUCUCCUCUGCAACGGGCCGACAUCAACGGAGCUACAAGGUAGAUGGAUCACCGAGACCAUUCUCAAGAUGGAGUCAUCUGGCAUCAAGUACAUCAACGCCAAGGCUGAGGCAACCGAGGCGUGGAAGAAGCAUGUUGUGGACCUUUGCAACAAAUCGCUUCUACCUACCACGAGGUCGACAUAUAUGGGUGGAAGUAUACCUGACAAGGUAUAUGAGCCUGUUUGCUUUACUGGUGGUACCAACGUCUACGCUGCCGAAAUUAGCAAGGCGCAAGACGAUAUGGAGAGCGGUUUUGAGGUUGUAAGGGCCUAA